UUCACAAACAGAAAAUUCCCCUCCAAGAAAACUGUUCCUUGCCACAAGAAAGAAAGACAGACUCGUUGGCACUCCCUCACUCAUUCAAGAAAAGGGUCCAAAGGUUUUCAGGAGAAAGUCUCAUUUCUCUUCUGUAUUCUCCCCCUCUCUCUCUCUCUCUCUCUCUUUUCCUGACGGCUACAAGAUAUUGUCCAGAGAAAUUGAGGGUGAUUUUCGAAUAACUGGAUAAAUUUUCUUGGAAAUUCAAGAAAAAGGGUCUGAAAGUUUUUUCAGUGAAAGUGAGAGUCAGAGUGGAUUUCGAGAAAGCGUAAUGGGGAUCAACAACAAGAAUUUUCCGGCGAUGGGAUUCUUAACGCCGCCGCCAGCAUGGAAGCCGAGGCCGAUGAUGCCGAUGUCAGAGAGGAAGAGAUCGUCGCCUGGGAAUAAUGGUGACCUCUUCCACGUUAUACAUAAAGUACCAGCUGGUGAUUCUCCCUAUGUCAGGGCCAAACAUGUUCAGUUGAUAGACAAGGAACCAAGCAAGGCAGUUUCUUUGUUCUGGGCUGCGAUAAAUGCUGGGGACCGGGUCGAUAGUGCCUUGAAAGACAUGUCAAUUGUGAUGAAACAAUUGGAUCGAUCCGAGGAAGCAAUCGAGGCUAUCAAAUCUUUCCGUCAUCUCUGCCCUUAUGAGUCUCAGGACUCUCUCGAUAAUGUGCUGGUUGAGCUCUACAAGAGAUCUGGAAGAAUAGAAGAAGAGAUUGAAAUGCUUGAGCUCAAAUUGAAGCGUGUCGAAGGAAUACCAUUUGGUGGAAGAAGGACAAAGAUAGCUAGAUCUCGUGGAAAGAAGGUUCAAAUAACUGUGGAACAGGAGAUAUCAAGAUUACUAGGGAACUUGGCCUGGGCUUACUUGCAGCUAAAUAAUUAUGAAAAAGCUGAAGAGAAUUACAGGUAACUUUUUUCAUGCUCUGAAUAAUAUUAUACCUACAACAUUUUUAUUCAAUGGAUUAUAUUCAGGAAAGCUUUGUCUCUGGAGACAGAUAGGAAUAAGCAGUGCAAUUUGGCUAUCUGCUUGAUGCAUAUGAAUAGGAUUACAGAAGCAAAAUCUCUCCUUCAGGCUGUAAAAUCUUCAUCUGGAAAUAGACAAAUGGAUGAGUCUUAUGCCAAUUCUUUUGAACGUGCUCUUCAGAUUUUGACUGAAGUAGAGUCAAGUUCAUUAUUAAAUCCAAUCAAACAGGAAGAAGGCAUCCAAAAUGAAAUACAAAGAUCUUUCACAUCUCUUACCAACAGAAACUCAAAAGAAGCUAAUAGCUUCACUAGUGGAGGCCGUAGAGGUUCUUACCAUCAAAGCCACAUUGAGGACAGUGACUUCUCAUUUGGACUGAGAAGUAAUUUACAGUCCUCUCCUCAAACAAUAUCAGUUGAUAACUGGAAGAAAGGUCCUCACUUUGAAAACCCAGGUGAAAGGAUGUCCAGUUCUACCACUAGAGUGAAGGAUAAUUGGGUCGGUUCGGCUGGAACACAAGCAACCCCUACUUCAAAAAAUACAUAUUCUUCCUCUACUACUGCUGGAAAGAAGUUGAAUGUUUUAUUUACACAACCGAGAAGACCUUCAUGGGGGUUUAACAAUGGAUAUCAGAGAAGUAAAAUACUGGGAGGUGAUACAUUUCGUAGUUCAAGCCGCAAACUUUCAUUUGAGCCAUCUAUAACCACUGAAAAUGCGCGACCACAGGCAAUUCAAGAUGUCAAUGGGGAUUUACUAGCUUCACCUUCACCUGCCAUUGAUCAAGGGUGGUUUCAGAGUUCUGAAAUUGGUGUUUCAAGCAGCGAGAAAGCAAUGACUACAUGUGAAGAAUAUUUUGGAAAGAACAACCCUGAUGUAUCAUCAGGUGGUCUCCAUCAACCCACCAUGGAAACUCCACAGCCAGCACAUGAUAAUCUUAAGAAAAGUUGGGCAGAUAUGGUUGAGGAAGAGGAACAAGAAUUAGGUGCAAAUGGUGAAGAAGAAUUUAAUGAUGAAAAUCUGAAUUCCAACAUUAUCCGUCAAAGUCCUUGCCCACAAAGCCAGAUUAAAAGUUUAAGCUGCAAGUUUGAAUCAUUUGAUCUUGAAGACAGAUGUGGUACAUCUGGGGCUGGUGUUUCAUCAAGGAAUCUAGCAGUACAGCGCUCUUUGUGUUUUGAUCAGCACCAAAAGCCAGAAUCAACAGUUUACUUCUGCUCAUCACCAUUGGAAAAGAAGGCUUUGGACUUCGGAGGCUGUAACUCUGUGAAGAAAAAUGGAAGGUAUUCUAUGUCUGGGGAAAACAAAGAACUACCUAGGAGAAAUAGGUUACAGGUUUUCCGGAACAUAACCCUUCAUCCAAAAAGUCCAUGAAGCUUGAAUAAGGAUCAGUUUAGACACAAUGGAUGCCCAUAAAUCAUAUAGAAAUAGCUGGUGUUUUGAGUAUUUUGAUUCGAUAUUGGAGUUUUGGUUGAUCUCAGUGAUCCAAUCUCUUCACUACUUUCCAGCUCUUUGUGUUGGUGUUGCUAUGUGCUACACAUACAUCUGUUUGCUGUAGAAGUUUUUCUAAUUGAAGAAGUAUACAG